UAUGGAGUCGUCAGUAAUAGACUAUAAUAUCAAAUAUAUAAUAUUUUUCUUAACUUUCUUUCUUUAAUAUUACAAAUUAAAAUAUUAAACCAUAAAAUAUUAUUAUUAUAUUAAAUUAAUUUUUAAACUAUUAAUAAUUAUUUAACUUUUAGGAUAUUUUAAGUAAUGGCAGAAAAUUGUACAACCGAAACAGCAUUUGUAGAAAAUCAUUCGGAUUCAAAUAUCUCGGCGGGUUUAUUUCUAAUUAAUUCGUACGUUAAUCAACUGAGUCCAGAUUUAAAAGAUGUUCAAACAGAACUCAAAGAUGUUGUGGAAAAGCAAGAAUCUUUAAUAAAUGAACUAAGUAAAGAAAAUGAAGAAUUAUCAGUCCUAUUAAAUGAAUGUGAUGUUCAAGAUAUGUUCACAUCAAUAAAGAAUUGUUAUCUACAACUUACUGAAUUAAAAAAGAAAUUAAUUUUUUUACAUAGAAAAACCAUAUCAAUGGAAAAAAGGGCAAAUGUCUUGCGUGUGGCUAAACAGAGAGAAGCAUUACAAAGAGAACAUCGUAAAGAGUCAAUGUUGGUACGAGAGCAAGAACUUAUAACAAAACAAUCUUAAAAUUCUAUUCUCUUUAAGGAAAAAAUUGUGAUAAAUUUUUAUUAUGAAAUUAAGUAAAAUUCCUUUUAAAUUUUAUACAAUAUAUUUUUUUAGGAAAAAUAAAUUUCAUUAUUUGUUAAUUA